CUCAUUUGAGUUUCACACGCCGACUGGAGGAGGAGGCGUAGGUGGUGGCCAGCCAGCAGACAGCAGCGAAUCAUCAUCAAACGAGUCCGAAAGGAGCGUGAGGAGCAGUGAGGGCAGACACAUGUCGCCAUGUUGACAAGGGCGUGGGAGUGGGAAUGGUUGCCAGCGAUGUUCGGGAUGUUUCCGAUGCGGCUGGUGUGGCUGGUGGUGCUGCUCUGUUUGCUACCUGGGCAGGUGCUGCUCGGCAACGCCGCCUCGGUCACCUGGGGUCAUGUCAACAAAUACGCCAGCGUGCUGCACACCGAAGAUGUUUACCUGACGCCGGGUAGCCCCGGCCGAGAUGUGGCCUACGGCUUGCAGAAAGCCAGCGAUAACUACCGGAUUACGGGUGUGCAUGUCGAAGAUCUAGGCGCCGAUGAAGCGGAGGCGGUGCUCACGUCUGGCGGCAUUGGCCAGCAGUUUGUGGUCCUCCGCUGCCGGCGACUUCGGGACUCCGAGGGGCAGCCGGAGCGAGCGGCUCAUCUCGAGGUGUCCAUCUAUGGAGUGGACCUGUAGGCUGUCUGACCCAUUGUUGUAAAUAUCAAUUAGUGUACGGAGCUUUCAGCUGUGCAAGCCAAGGAAAGCACAUAGGAAAAUGGGUUGUAUCUUUGAGAUACAAAAAGCACAUAUAUAAGCUUAAAUUAGUAUAUAUUUUAAGUAAACAAAUUUCAAAUAUUUCACGCAUAGAAUAAAUUCCUUUAUGUUUAUAGAUAGCACUAUUUGAAGUACAAACGAAACAUCUGUAGCCCUGAACUUCCCACGCCCACCUCUAUAUUUAUAUUCAAUGCUAUCUGGAGUGAAAUCGACAUCUUCAGAUUGUGUUUAUUACCCAAGACACACGGUCGCUAUAGUAAUGAUAGGUUUUUAUCUGCCCCGUGGACUGAAAACUUUGUAACUGUGCACUGAACAACGUAAUAACAUUUAAAGUUAAAAGUUGCCAGGGGUUGUGAAGUUUGGAUGUCGCUUAAAGGCUGUCGGGUUUUUAUAAUCUUAUGGAAAUGUGUAGUAAGUUUGUAACUGUGUGAAAACCUGUAAGCUGCGGGCAUUAUUUGCCUUUUUUUUUGCCUUUCAGUGCAUUUCAGCCUUAAUAAGUUCAUUUUUCCAUUGCAGCCAGAUGCACGAGCUUGAAUUUAUUUAAUUAAAAUGUAAUAAGUCUAACAAGUCGGACAUCAUAAUAAACUUUCGCUCAAAACAAAAC